AUGCUUUCCAAUCCACAAAACUCAUCGUCUUUCUUCAACACCACCGCUCCCGGCGCCGGAGUUGGCUGCAACAAACAGAUGUCAAACAACCGUGUUCCUGACUCCAUUGCCCGAUACCACAUCCAUCCAGCAGCUCAAAACCAGUGCUGCUCCGCCGUCAUCCAACAGAUCAACGCUCCAGUCUCCACCGUCUGGUCAGUCGUCCGCCGCUUCGACAACCCACAAGCGUAUAAACACUUUGUAAAGAGCUGCCAUGUUGUGGACGGAAACGGAGACGUCGGAACUUUACGGCAAGUUGAUGUUAUCUCCGGUCUCCCCGCCGCUAACUCCACCGAACGCCUUGAGAUCCUUGACGACGAGCGUCAUGUUCUUAGCUUCAGCGUUGUUGGUGGUGAUCAUCGACUGGCGAACUACCGCUCCGUCACCACCCUCCACCCUACACCUACCGGAAAUGGUACCGUGGUUGUUGAGUCUUACGUCGUGGAUAUACCUCCAGGGAACACAAAGGAAGAAACUUUUGGUUUUGUUGACACCAUCGUAAAAUGUAACCUUCAGUCGUUAGCUAAGAUCGCAGAGAACAAAUUCAGGUCAAAGUGA